CGCCACGCGUCCAUCCCUCCCCUCGGCAAACUGUCAAAUCGACGAGCGUUGUUUGUAUACGAAAUUAAUCUCGGGUGUUUGGCGUCGCUCACAGAUCCGAGUGUACUCCGAUCGAGGUAGCCUGGUUCAGGGUCAGGAUGAAUCGUACGAUGGAUGAGAAGGAGGAGCUGGUGAAGAAGGCCUUAUUUAGUUUCGUUAGGAAGCAGGUGCCAACUGCUCAACUGAGCUUAAUAGACGACAUUGUGCUCAGUUAUGUAGUGAGUAUUGUGGAAGAAAGCGCAUUAGAGGAGAACCUAGACGUAGACGGACUGUGCGAAAUGGUAUCCGCCUGCCUUCCUGAGUUUUCUACUAUCGAAAAAGAGGCUGUGUCAAAGUGGUUGCUCGACGUUGAGAGUAAACUGAAACAAGAUACUAAGGAGAAUGAGAAUUGCCAAUCUCAUAGCGAUCCGCUAGAUCACUUCAGCCUGACCGCUCUUUUGCCGGCCGGCGCGCAAAGAAUGCGAGUCCAUCAUCUCUCGGAAACGAGUGAUGCUGGAAGUGAUUCUAGCGGAGAAUACUUUUCGGAAGUAAGAGAGACACCGGAAUCCUCCUGGAAUCAGGUAGCCUUGCUGCAAGAAAUGUUUCCAGCGGCGAGUCCUGCCGAAGCAAGGCACUGUUUAGCAGUGGCUGGGGGCGAUAUAGCGAAGGCCGCGCAACUUGCGUUACAUCGUCAGGAGGCGGGUCAAAGCAUCGUCAGCAACCUUACGUUUCUAACGCCCAAUGGUCGUAACAAGGCGAGGCUGAAUGACGAAGAGUUGAAGUCUCGUAUCAUAGCGCGGUACAGUUAUGUCGACAGGGACGAUGAUUGCCGCGAGCAUCGCCCGGUCGCGCCGAAAACGGAGCCCAAGAAGUUGGUACGAUACCUCGACAAUAAGAUCGUAAGUGUAAAGGGUGAACGUUACACGGAAGUGCGAAGGGGCGGCGAGGAUGAGGACGGUAACGAAGGUAAUAGGAAGAGGGGCCAUUGCCGUCCGUAACCAGUCCCUUUGCCUCCACCCCCUGAUCCACCCCCUUGGAGGCAUCUGAGAGAUUUUCAAUUAAACUUUUAACUUAGAUCAUUUCCAUCUUACUCGUAUAUAAAAAUAUAGACGAAAUAUCGAAUUUAAAAGGCAUUUGCAUUUCCGCUGGCGUUUCAUUUUCACGUAAUGCAGCCUGUACAACUCUCGGAAUCUCUAUCGUGUAAUAUUAAUUUAGCGUCAUUAUAUGGCUAUAGUAAUAGUCAGUUUUUUUUACGUUAUUCUUUUGAAUCUAUUCGCGAGUAAUCUUUUAAUGAAUAUCUCUGAUAUUUUAUUUUAUAAUAAAGAUUGUAUCUUUAUGAUCGAGCGUGCAAUGGCCGUUUUAAGUAAAUAUUCAUAGUUUAAAUACGGUGAUUUAAGACUACAGCGGAAUUAUACAUGCAUUAGUGAUUGCUGUUAGUAUCAAGAUAUAGUUACUAAAGCCUUGUGAAGAACAACUUCAGCAUGUAUAAUAAAUUGAUCAUGAUUUAUUAUUUAAAAUUAAGGCAUUUCUCAGCUUCCAUAGUCAAAUAUUCUUUUACAAAGUAUUUAUCCAACUCGUUAUUAAUUUUACAUAAUUAAGAUUUCGAUUAUAAAAGAGAUACAUAUUUAGAGCAUAAUUAUUUGCGAAUUGUUAUGUAAAAAAACAUAAAUAAUGUUAUUAUUUAAGCGAGCUGGCUAUUGUAAACUCGGCAUUUGACUUAAUAUCCAUUCCUCUUAUUCUACUUUGAUCAUAGUCAUGUUACAUUUUGCAAGUUUAUUUAUUUUAUAUAGAUAUAAGAAUCCUUUUUUCACAUGAUCCUUCAGAGACAGAACAUCUAAAUUUCUUGAUCAACGAUUUAUUAUUUUUUUACAUAGAAAAUAUUUUUCUUACUAUUGCAUAAAAUCGCUGUGUACAAGUGGUGUACACAGCGAUUUUAUGUAGCUUGUAUGUUAAAAUGGCAAGAACGUCCAAUCCUAAUCCAUAGACCUUAUAAAUAUGGACUGGCAAUACAAGCAAGAUCGUGCCCGUUUUUCUCUUUUUACAAAGAGAAGGAAGUGUAUUUGAAAGUAUAUUUCACAUAUUAUACAUUGAUAAUAUUCUGAUUAGUGUAUACAUUUUCACUGAUAUGAGCAAUGUAUACUCCAACACUUUCAGAAAAAGAAGCUACUAAAAUGUACGUUUCUCUUUCUAACUUUCUCCGGACACUGUUUCAUUGCAGAAAAUAUAGCAAUUGCCAGCUAUAUUUAUAAGUUGAAAAGAAUUAAGCUCGAAAGAAUUAAAUCAGAAAUAUAACGAAAUAAUGCUAAUACGAGUUAACACAGAAUGUUCGUUUGUAUAUAAUAAUUUUUAUUAUUACAAGGGUGAUUUUUAUUAUAAAGAUAAGGGGAAGAUCUUAUAGAUGCUUGUUAGCAUAAACUAUUAAAUUGCUCAUCAAUUCAAGGCAUGUUACAUCGCAGAUUUCGGCUUCACGUAAUGGCUUGUGUUUUAAAGACCGACAAAGUAUUCGUCGCGCAGUUGAAGAUUGUAAUAAUAAAAUCAUUAUAUACACACGAGUGUCAAUUCGUAUUAUUUUGCAUUGUUGGUAUUAUUUCGUUAUAUUUUUGACAUAUUUAUAAGGUCUCUGGCUUUACCUCAGUUUUUGAUAUUUUUAAAUCUAAUAAAUAAUAUAAUGUAUUAAUAAUGUUGUAAAAUAUAUUGCGUAAUAUUACUUGAAUGAUAAUUUAAAUGCUCUGUUUCUGGUGGAAUGCUGUACAUAUAUAGCGCGUCGAGUAGAAUUAUUUAAUUACAUUAUGACUUUGUAAAUGUGUGCGAAGAACUUUUAAUGUUGCGAUUGUUUUAUUUAUGUUAAUGCGAAAAAUAUUGUUUUUUAUUUUACGUCUACAUUAAUAGCGGAAUGACGAGCGAACGAGAGGUGUGAUGAUGAAAAUAUACCUGAAAUGUAUUUAGUCAAAUAGCAGCAUUGUCGUGUAGCAAACUGAUCCUUUUUCAACUGCACUAUAUAGGAAAAUGUACUAUAUAUAUAUUAGACGAUAAAGCAAGAAUUUUUAUCCGCACGUUUAUUCAGGAGUCCAGAAAUAAUUGUUCGACAAUUUAGUAAGUCAAUAUUAUUCUAGUGAUGUAAGGGACGAUUGCCGCGAACAAGAAUGUACGUAUAAUUAUCGUUUGUCGAAUAAUCAAAAUCGAAAGGAAUAUAAAUUGUAAAAAUUAUUUGACAAGUGCAUCUCUGUAGUAUCACGCAUCUGUGUCAAAUGAAAUUGAGAUCAUUGCCGAAUGAUUACAGAGAAUUGUAGAUUUCGAAUGAUAUAUUGUAGUAUACGUACUUAGAUGAACGCGAAGAUAUUCGCUAAAGAAUAUUCACUCUUCUAGGGAGAAAGUCUGCUUAAAACCGCCAUACGAUUUGCCAGUAUUAUUAUCCUAUUAUUGCCGCUGUCGCGCAGACUUUGAGGUGUAGCACAAAUAUAAUCAUUAAAGCGUUAGAAAAUCAUGUAUAGAAUGAUGUAAACUCAUUAUUUCAGAAUUCGUAUCUUGACGGUGUUCGUAUAGAUAGACGGAAUUGUGAUUGCUUCCGAGCGCUGUAACUGCAAUUUAAAUCAAGAUAUUUGUUCAGUAUAGAAUUUUCUUUGCUUUAAUAUUACAAACGGUUGUAAUUAUUUUACAAAUCAAAGAAUUGAUUUGUACUAUACUUGCUUAAAAAUAUUAACCGAAAUAAAGGGGGAAACGUAAAAAAAUUUGUAAAAUUAUUUGUUUAAAUGGCCAUGAGUUCGAAUUUUUAAUUCUCUCUUUUUGCUAAUCGAUUUUUUAACGAUAGGUGAAAACCUCGUAAAUAUAUGAAUAUAUUGACAUAUACAAAUGUCUUAUAAUGGGCCAAGUCUUGCCAUAGAUAAUUACAGAUUACAUAUGAAUCAUGCUACUAUUGAUAAUUAUGUAUCAAUUAUUGAUAAUUGAAAUUUAUUGAAUACAGUUUUGCUGAAAACUGAAUAUAUUGCCGAUUAAAUCUGAACUAUACCAACACUACCUAUAAAUGUUAGGCAUGAUUCGAUAAGGCUGCUAAAAGGAUACAGUGAAAAAAAAUAGAAAGUAAAAUAAAAUGGAUUACUUUAGCUUUAAGCGAAUUUUUUCCAUGUGUCCUUCUGUGUUGCAUAUAAAUAAGCACUGUGACUAAUUUUUAACUCGUUAUAGAUGUAAACUUUUCAAGUUGUGUGAAAGUAAGAUAAUGUAAUAAUGAUUGUAAUUAUAAUUGUACUUGCCUUUUAAUAUACUCUCAUCACGUCAUGUCUAAAUCGCAAUUAAAAAUGUUGAUAACACA